AUGGAACAAGACGGAAUACAUAACAGUACUUUGAUCGCGUAUGAGCCACAGAUUCUUCAUCCAUUUACCGUGCAAUCCAAUUAUAUAUUCUGGUCGAUGACAGAUGGUUUUCUGAUGCUAACAAUUCUAUCUGGCAAUACCCUGACAAUAUUAGCACUACGUCUAAGUCGGCGACUACGAAGUGCAAUAUCAAACCAGUUCGUACUGAGUUUGGCGGUUUCCGACCUGAUUGUAGGUAUGACUUUACCUUACCACUUAGCCUUCUAUGUCGGAAGCGAUCUGGGUAAAGAUAAGGCGUGGUGUCUACUCAGAUUCGUACUUAUCACAUUGGGAUGUUGCCUAUCCAUUUGGAAUUUGAUUGCUAUUGCAGUGGACAGAUAUAUCGCUAUUGUACAUCCGUUACAUUAUGGAAGAUACAUGACAAAAACCGUGGCCCGAUCAAUAUUGGGCUUGGGAUGGCUGAUGGGUCUCAUAAUAUGCUCCAUGCCUCUUUAUUGGAAUAAUUGGGCGUCAGCAAGAGCAUGUGAACUCGCAGAAGUAUUGCCCACUUAUUUCAUUGCAGGAGUCAUAACACCAUCGUUUUCGUUAAUAUGGAUGGUGAUGUUAGUAGUAUAUUGGAGAAUUUGGAGAGAAGCUGCAGGGCAUGCUAGAAGAUUAAGAGCAACUGCCCAUAAUGGUACACCAUCAGAUUGGAAAUCAGUUCAGGUGGUACUAUUAAUCCUAGGUUCUUUUUCCGUAUGCUGGUUACCAUUUUUCGUGGUUGCGUGUGCCCAAGCGUUCACAUGCCACAACGAGUCAUCACCUACAGUUUACAAGGCAGCUUUCAGUUUGGCGAUAUCAAACUCAGGUCUAAAUCCUUUAAUAUAUGCUUGGAAGAAUUCAAACUUCCGAAGAGCGUUUGCUCAACUCAUACGCUGUCGAAAUCCAGACUUAGUUGAACAACAAAGACAGCAGCAGAAUCAACAGAAUAUAAUUCAAGAACGCAGAAUGACGAACGAAUCAAGAUUACAUUCUCUUCAAGACAACGUGUUAGGAAAUUGUAAGCAAAAUGAGGUUCACAAUUCAAGACAAGGUGAUGCAACUAGGCAGAACGGAUUUCUGCAAUCCAGGCAAAAUAGUACCACGGAUAUAGAUAUAAACGGACAAAGGGAAAAAUGCAAUGAUGCUGAAAGAGACAGUGCUUAUGAAUCCGUAACUGAUAGUUUGAAUAACAGAAGUUCAGCCCAUAGAGCUCUGGGCGAGCGAGUUCGUUUGCAAAUAAUGGUGCAAAAUAAUGCAGGCUUAGAUACUGACUUAGAAACUAAUUUGACGCAAAGCAGCGGAGAUUGCGUGGUUCUAGAAAUAUGUUCAGUUAAUACAGCCUAUGAGAAUGAUAAUUCGAAUAGUGCAGAAAAUGUAACAAAUGAAAUUGUUUAA